AUGCGCCAGCGUCACAUCCUCCUUGCCAGGAGCUAUGCCACGAUAGCCUCGAGGCGGAGCCUCCAGGCCAAAGGCCCCCUGCUUGGCUUGGAUCACUUCUUGCAGAGACAGCGCACGCUCUCGCUAUGGAGACAGAUAGUCCGAGCAAUCAACAAGAUUCCCCCAUCGUCUACCAAGGAAGAGAUGCGCCAGUAUGCUAGGGAAGGGUUUGAGCGCAAUCGAAACGUGACGGACCUGACUCACAUCAGAUACUUGGUCUCCACUGGAAAGGUUGAGUUCGACUCCAUGAAGAGGUAUAUCGAGGAGCAGGCUCAAUGA